UGAGUCACGUCGAUGCCAAUUGCGCCGGGCGCUCUGCGAGCGCCAAGGCCGCCACACUAGCACUUUUGCGCCCAACUUACUGAGUCAAAGAACCCGUCUGGGACAGCGUGGCCGCCCCUGGUCCGGACAACUGUCCUGAAAUGGCAGCUCAAGCAUAUAAAAGAGUGGACAAAGCCGCCAGCUAUUGUGAACAAAGCCCAAAAGAAUCCUUUCAUCCACACCCCAGGCUGUCGAAGCACCUGUGAUAAAACGUAUUUGAACGAGCUCUCCAGGUUUACCAACUCACUACUUUUACUGAACGCUUUACUCACUUUUAUCACUCACACCCCUAUCGCACAUCACGAUACUCCACAAUGGUAUCUUCCAUUCCCAAUGUCACACGCCCGACCAAUGUUGGCGACGCCAAAGGCUACUAUCUCAGAUGUCGUGAUGUAGAUGGCACGUCUGUAAUGAUCACUCAAACUGCUACUGGUCUUGGCGCUCAUACGCGCUGGAUCUACCCCGAACACGACACGAACGAUCAUGAAGAAGAAAACGGCAUGGAUAUAGACGAGGAGGGGGGCGCCACACCACCGCCAAGCACCACGGCGUGCUUUCCUCAGACUCCUGUGACCCAGCAUGCGUUCGACGCGGGCUCUGUCCUUCGCACACCCGUAAAGAGACCCCAGCCACUUCAGCGUAGCCCCGAGCGCAUCGGCUUCAAAGGGAUCGACUUCUGGCACAACAAUUCACUGGGCACUCGUACUGUCGAACAGACUAGCUCUGGUGUUCGCAUGAGAUAUGUACUGGAGAGGCCCGUCGGCUCUGCCACGAACUUGACGAAAGAGCAAAUUCUCGAGCACGAGUUCCAGAGGAACCACGAGACAUUUUUGACUCAGGUGGGACAAUUACUCGGCCACGAGGAAAAGGAACGGGUGGUGAGAGAGAUGAACACAACUUCACCGGCAGCGGAUGGUCCUGCUGGUGUGGGCACUGAAAGACAUGUUCACUUUGUCUCGUCUGAGCCGUCUAUCUUUAUUGAAGAGGAAGAGGAUGUAUCAGAGUUUGGAGUUGGACCUAGGGGUGAGAGAUUGAAUUCUCAAGGUCUCCCCAUGCUUGGAGCACAUGGGACUGUCAUAAUCGACACUACGUUCAAGCCUCAAGUUCGACCGACGCUGCCUUCCCCGAAAGCCCCGCAGAUACAAACCAAACCGGCGGAUCAAGAGAACACCAAGCACCUCGGUAGCAUCACCGUCGAGGGGAAGGAAUGGCAGGUCUACAAAACCUUGAGGCCUAGGAAGGAUGGACAACCCCGAAUCAUCAGGUCGUCUCCUGUGCAACCCAGGACACGUAAGCCUCGGAAGAGCAUGCGGUCAUCGCCUCUCACGAGGCAGCCUACUAUCUUGAUCGGCGUUGUAUAAGGGCAUUGCCGUCUGUUCGAGACUGCUAGCUUGAGAGAGUGCAUACCUUAUCAUGAGUUAGCUUCGGUAGUACGGUCGUUAUGGUUAAUGUAAUACUUAUGCAGGCGCUCCUUGCGCGCUCAUCACAUAUAGAUUAUGCUAGUACCGUAAGCGCUGGCUGGUCUCUUAUCCCACAUAUUUUUGAAAACACAUUUUAAGAUUUAUCGAAGUGACUCAGCUUCGACGCCGUUACCGUGCAUUCAUCCAAUAAUAGCCUAUGGCGAAUUACAUAAUGAUCUACCUGAAAU